AUGGGUUUUGGGUUUCACUGCGUGAAUUUAGGUUUAUUCAUUUUAACGUUUCUACUUUAAUUUGUUUCGCCCAACUUGGGGGUUGCAUCUUCCAUCGACAGCCCUAGAAAUCUCCCUAAUCGCGUUCACGGCAUAAUCUCAAACACUGCAUGCUCGUAGAUUUCGGGGGACUACCAAAUCUUGCAGUUCAAAGAGUAGACUACAUAUAAAUUUUUGCUAGGGAUGAAAAUAUUGGAGUCCUAUGCUGGUGCACUUACCAAUUUUGAGGUGCUCAAUUUUCUAAAUUCAAGAGGGGCCUCUAGGGAUCCUACACGAGUUAUUGCUUCUAUAGCACAAUCAGAGUACAAGGUUUAUGACUAUUUGUUUGACACUGCUGCUUGUAGUCAGACAAGAGAAUGCAUCAAUGAGUUCUUGGAGAAGUGUAAAAAGUAUAAUUUGGCAAAAGCUGAGAUGCUCAACAUCAUCAACCUUAGGCCAUGUUCUGUAGUUGAAAUUGAUCCGAUCAUAGAGAAUUGUGAGAAUCGGCUGGGUGAGAAAGUGGAAGAGCUAGUAGAAAUGGUAAAAGAGAUGUUGCCUCCUGUUCCAACAGCAUUGAAUAAUGAGAAGGCAAUUGAAAAGGCUAAAGAAGAAACUGGAGAUCCGGAGCAAGCGGCAAAGCAUGGAAGUAAAACUGCGGGCAGGUAACGGAGGAUAAUAAAUUAAGGUCAAGCUUUGUUUGGUGAAUCCCUAUAUAUUUGUGUGUAUAUAUAUAAAUAUUAGGGGUUUUGUGGCUAUACAAAGAUUCUAGUUUAGCUUCAACAGACAUUGAUAAUGAUCAAAACAUAGCGAGUAGAUUUUCAUGGUAGCACUGGAUUUGUGUUUGAGAUCCAUCAGGACAAAUUAAAACAUAGGAAACACCAGAUUUUUACUGAAUUCGUCAUCAAUAUAAUUGUUCACAAUAAAUUGGCUAA